AUGUCAGCCCUACUUUUGCUGGUCCUAUUCCACGUCCUGACUUACCCGUGGCCCUUCCUGAAUGGUCGUCUUGCUCUAUACAACAACACGGACCUUCACCAUGGAACUUCCGAGCCAGUCGGUUGCAACAUUGACAGAUUUGAUUGGUGCGCAACGGUGAAGCCGGUCAAUAAAUGGAUUUUCUACGUGGCUUACGCACUCUGUAUUGGGAUUGCAUUCCCAAGUAUAAACCUGUCCAUGAACACGUUGUACUCGAGGAUUAUUGGGCCGAGAAGACAAGAGACGCUUCAAGGGAUCCAGCAAAUGUUUGGAAGUGCUGCUCGGUUUACGGGGCCGUUAAUGAUCAGGUAAGGACGAUUUUUUUGACGCACAUGGUAGGAAUUUCUAUCAGCUUGUCGAGAAAAUACUUAGCGCAUUGUCGCAUCAAACGUCGCAAGAAGAUUACUUGUGUCAAGAUCAAAUUACGUUUCACUUCAACGACUUGAUUGCCGCAGCGAUAUUUUCCCGACAGAUCGAUAUUAGCCUAAAAUUGGAAGCAAAGCGCUUAAAACGCAAAAUUUUGCGGAAUUGAUAUCAGUCUGUCGGGAAAAUAAGUGGAUUUGUCACAGCAAAGCUUUUCCCUUCGUCGCAGUUGCGCACCAAACUUCCAGCCAUGCCUAGCCAUCGCAAAGGGAUGGCGGGCGAUUUAAAGGCGCGACAGAUCCUCAAUAUUUUCCCGACAGAGUAAUCUUAUCAAGGCAGGAGAUACAUGCCACAUUUUAAGAAUAUCUGAUUUUGCUUGACUAAAAGUUGCGUAUCUUUAUUCUUUCAGCAACAUCUACCAUUUUUAUGGGCCGACUGUUUCUUGGCAAAUUGAGUUUAUUGCUUUGUUAGCGACAAUAGCCCUAUGGAUCUUAUAUUACGAUCGUCUAGUCCCGCUAAAAACGUCAAAGAAUUUUUUGAAUGGCAAUUCAACAAGUACUAG